AUGGACAAGAAACAACAAAUGUUCCGUAUACACAACACUAAUCAGGUUAACGGGAAACAGAAAAACCCCGGCGAAGUAAGGGAAGAAUACGAUGCGAAGGAAAUCUACGGUCCGAAGAUCACGGACAAGGAUGGCGCACUUUUGGAUGAACACGACAGCUUCUACCACACCACUAAGAGUCUCCUAGUACUGUUCCAGAUUAUGGGGAUUAUGCCCAUCAUGAGGGUUCCUAAAGAUGCCCAAACAACAAAAAGAACAACAUUCAACUGGAUAUCCAAGGCCACACUGUGGGCAUACUUGGUAUGGGGACUAGAAUGUAUCAUCGUUGUUAGAGUGGGCAAAGAGCGCUUAGCGAACUUCCAACAGAACACAAACAAGCGUUUCGACGAAGUGAUCUACAACAUUAUAUUCUUGAGCAUUCUCAUACCGCAUUUCUUGCUGCCCGUCGCGUCGUGGCGCCAUGGGCCUCAGGUGGCCAUAUUCAAGAACAUGUGGACCCAUUAUCAG